CUUUUUGAUUGGCAAUUUAACGGCAUGUUUUAAAAUUCUCAAAAUAUUAUCACCAUGCCCAAGUUUGUUCCGAGGCAGCGAAAGCACAAAGUGCUCGCCCGAGAGCGUGCCAACGAAAACAGCAAACAUGAAGUCCAAGACACCAACCAAGAAGAGAUUCUUGCCAGCGACAAGCAGAUACACGCCGAGAAACGAGCGCGUCUAAAAGAACAAUUAAGAAAGGAUGGCGAGAAAAUGAGCUCCAAGAAGGCCAAGCGACUUGAAAAAUACAUUGAUAACAAGCUCAAGAAAGACGAAAAUCGUGAGCUUCUAGCCAAGCUCGCCUCGCGAAAAAUCGACACAACGCUGUUCAGCAGCAGCAAGACAAUUGGCCAAGGACAGCAAACAAAGAAGCAGGCGCUUGCAAAGGCGUUUAGAGAUCAUAAGGCUGGUAUCGAUGGUGGUGAAGAAAAUAACAACAUCUUAUUCCAAAAGCUUCGGGAGAUUGAUCAACAAGAUGCAGAGGACGAUAGUGACGAGGAGGAGGAUGCACCACAAGUCGCCGAGGUUACUGCGAAGCCAGUACCUACAAAUAUCCAACCAACAAUCCUUGAAACCGAAACAAAGACAGAAGCACCAGCAAUUGGCUCUGGACUCAAGCGCCCAUUGGAGGUUAACGAGGACGGUCGACCCGUACUGAAGAAGCGUCAAAAGCGCGGCGGUGUCAAGUCCAAGAUAUCUUUACAGGCUGCUGCACCUGUCCCAGAAGAAUCCGACGAGGACGACAAUGAUGAGGAUGACGACGACAAUUCAUGGAACGGUUUCGAUAGCGAUAACGACAAGGAAGACGACGACCAAACCUCCGAGGAGGAUUCUGACGAGGAAGGCGAUGACGAUGAUGACGACGAUGAUGAUGAGGAGGACGAAGAAUCUGAAGAAGAUGAGGAUGAGAAUGAAGCGAUGGACAAAUCUGCGAGAUCUUCAGCGUUCAAAGCGUGGGCACAUCAGCAACGAAACGAAGCCCUUGGCUACAAAGCAGCAGACGGCACACCAUCCAUUCUGGAUAUCCCCAAGCUUGAAAACUUUGUCCCACGUGCUCCUGAGCAAGAUCCUCUACCUAUGGAGCUGCAAGGUACUGCUCGUGAGGACCGCAAAGCUUUCAGUGUCACAGUUACAAGAACACCUGAAAUCGAAGAAGCCAGAAUGAAGCUACCUGUGGUAUCAGAAGAACAGCGCCUAAUGGAAGCGAUUCAUAACCACGACAUCGUUGUCAUCUGCGGUUCUACUGGUUCUGGUAAAACUACACAAGUUCCACAGUUUCUCUACGAAGCUGGUUUCGGCUGCCCUGGCUCUGAAACUCCCGGCAUGGUAGCAGUAACACAACCGAGACGUGUCGCCGCCGUCAGUAUGUCAAAACGUGUUGGACAGGAGCUUGGGGACCAUGGCAAAGCCGUGGGCUAUCAAAUCCGAUUUGAGGGUACGGUUGACGCCAACACUUCCAUCAAGUUUAUGACUGAUGGUGUGUUGCUCCGAGAAAUCGCAAAUGAUAUUACCCUCCGCAAAUAUUCCGCCAUUAUCAUCGAUGAAGCUCACGAGCGCAGUGUCAAUACUGAUAUCCUCAUCGGUAUGCUCAGCAGAAUCAUUAAGCUCCGCUCUGAUCUUGCCAAGGAAGAAAAGACAUUAAAACCUCUUAAGCUUAUUAUCAUGUCAGCCACGCUGAGGAUAGAGGACAUGACCAUGAACCCAAACUUAUUCCCCAAGCCGCCUCCUGUUGUAGAAGUCGAAGGUCGCCAACACCCUGUCACAAUUCACUUUUCAAGACGUACAAAUGUCGAUUAUGUCGAAGAAGCGUUCAAGAAGAUUAGCCGUGGUCACCGGAAGCUACCGCCAGGUGGAUUCUUGGUCUUCUUGACUGGCCGCAACGAGAUCUUGCAGCUAAGCAAGCGCCUCAAGGCGAGCUUUGGUGGACCCAAGACUGUUGAUAGCCACAAAGUACAAAUCUCAACAGCAGAUGCUCCAAUGGAAGUGGAAGACUUGGAACUGGGAGAUCUCGAUGGCGUGGGAGGUGAUGAAGAUGAGGAUGAGAUUCCUGAUAAUGAGGAAGAGGAUGAGGACGAGUUCCAAAUUGAGGAUGAUCAGGAAAUGGCACCUCUAAAGAUGCAAGUUCUACCCUUGUACUCGUUGCUUCCUACACGAGAGCAGAUGAGGGUGUUUGAUCCUGCUCCAGAAGGUGUCCGCCAAGUUAUUCUCGCCACCAACGUUGCCGAAACAAGUUUGACAAUUCCGGGCACAAGAUUUGUCUUUGACUGUGGACGUUCCAAGGAACGCCAGUACGAUCGCCAGAGCGGUGUUCAGAGCUACGACAUUGGCUGGAUCAGCAAAGCUAGCGCUAGUCAGCGCUCUGGUCGUGCAGGCAGAACGGGCCCCGGUCACUGUUACAGAUUAUAUUCGUCUGCUGUGUUUGAGCGAGACUUUGCCGAGUUUGCUGACCCAGAGCUGUUGCGUAUGCCUAUUGAAGGUGUUGUUCUGCAGCUCAAGGCCAUGAAUCUUCAACACGUUGUCAACUUCCCCUUCCCUACACCUCCAGACCGCGACAGUUUGGCCAUGGCAGAGAAACUGCUUACAUAUCUAUCCGCCAUCGACUCUGAAGGCCAGGUUACACGUAUUGGUAAGACAAUGUCAGUCUUCCCGCUCGCCCCUCGCUUUGCGAGAAUCUUGUUGGUUGGACACAGUCAAGGCUGCCUACCGUACGCCGUGGCCCUGGUAGCUGGUUUAUCGGCCGCAGAGGUUUUCCUACCGGAAAACCAGGCUAUUCCUGCGCUUACUGCCAAGGAGAAUGUUGGGUUCCGCACCAACGCGGAUGUUAUUGCGGAAGACCGCCAAGCCAACGUCCGAAGAUUAUAUAACCAAGUCCAGCACAACUUCUGCUUCCUCGACGACAGAUCCGACGCGAUCAAGCUUCUGCAGGUCGUUGGUGAAUUCGCCCACGAGCCCACGGAGGAUUGGUGUGAUCGUCACUUUGUUCGUUUCAAGGUGCUCAAAGAAAUCCAGCAGCUACGUAAGCAAAUUACAGAGCUCCUCCGUACCAACAUCCCUGCCUUUGCGAACUUGAAGCACAAGGACAAGCUUGAUCCGCCAUCCCCAACUCAAGUCCGCGCAUUGAAGCAAAUGGUUGCUGCCGGGUUUGUCGACCGCAUCGCCAAGAGGGCUGAUCUUCUACCUACUGGUACCGGGCAGAUCCGCAAGCCAAGCCGCCCUAUCGACGUCCCGUACGUACCGCUGAUUCCAACACAGAGUCGACCACACCAAGUGGAAGAGGGCUUCGUCUACAUCCACCCAUCCUCUCCACUAGCACACACAAGUGUUCAAGAGUGCCCCAAGUACAUUGUCUACUCUUACCUCCAGCGGGCAUCAUCGUCAGGAAUAGAAUCAGAGAACAAGGGCAAAACUCGCAUGCACGCACUUACAGACGUUGGGGAAGAGGUAUUGGCUAAUCUGGCCAAGGGUACGCCAUUACUAUCGUACGGAAAGCCCAAGAAGAUUGUCAAGGUAUCAGACGAUGGCUUAACACGACAGUCAUUAUUUGAGCCUAGCCUGCGGGCAGAAGGCACGGGUGGCAUGGGCUGGCCGCUCCCGCAUAAGAUAUUGAAGGAGAAAAAGGUGGCCGGUAGGGGUUGGGUUCUUGCUGACUAA